UCACUGUUCACACUGGCUUGUUUACAUGGUGCCACGCUCCUCCAUCUUGUCUUCGCCCUUCUCUAGAACGCUCUGUGGUUACUGUAGAACGUCUCCUUCUCUGGUGCUGCAGCAUUUUCGAGUGAGCGUCCUUCUUUCCCGCCGCCAUGUUUCCAACGCUGCAGACCCACAACAUGUACAAUGAUCCUCACCAUCCGCACAGACCUGGUGCGCGGGCGCCCUUCGCCUCCAUCGCUGAGGAUGAAAUGAAGGAUCAGUUGCAAAUCGGCCGCGCUCCCAUCGCCUCGCUGGACUGCAUGGAGGAGUUCCAGGGCUGCGGCGGCGACCAUGUGUCCACCCGGAGCGACUCCCAGGCGCUCGUGUCCCGCCAGUCCUCCAUCGCCUCCUGCCUCAAGUACAAGCCGCUCGGCAAGUCCGGGCUGCGGGUCUCCCAGCUUGGACUCGUAUUAGCAAAGUCCGUUGUCAUCGUUAUCAUGGGCCACUGCCAGCUGAGCUGCAACACAGCAUUAGUGGUUCUUGGCAACCUCACACAACAGUACCCUCAAGGGACUACACAAAACUCUCCCAGCUGCCAUCCUGAAGGGUUGCCUCCACAACACUCCUCUCCACCGACGUCGUCUACGGACUCCGGCUACUCUUAG